CCUCGGUCGAGACGACCGCGGCUGUUAGGCACCCUCGACUGGCGGCGGUGGCGGCUCCUGGCGUGGCGGGGCGAUCGGCCAGCUUUCUAGGUCGGAACGGAACGCUUGGCUUCGCGGGCGCCGCCCGGAAAGUUUGCAGUGAAACCGCGACCUCCCGGCCGGCGCGGCCCAGCAUGAAGCGGCGCUGAGGAGCCGCCGCGGCCGCCUGAGGAGGAGCCGCUGCACCCCGGGCCACGCCGAUGACUACUGCAAACUGUGGCGCCCACGACGAGCUCGACUUCAAACUCGUCUUUGGCGAGGACGGGGCACCGGCGCCGGUGUCCCAGGUCUCGCGGCCUGCAGAUCUUGAGCCAGAUGAUUGUGCACCCAUUUACAUCUUUAAUGUAGAUCCACCUCCAUCUACUUUAAACUCAUCACUUGGUUCACCACAUCAUGGACUGCCGCAGCCUCACUCUUCUGUUUUGUCACCAUCAUUUCAACUCCAAGGUCACAAAACUUAUGAAGGAACUGGUGAUAUUCCUGAAUCUAAAUAUAGCCCAUUAGGUGGUCCCAAGCCCUUUGAGUGCCCAAGUAUUCAAAUUACAUCCAUCUCUCCUAAUUGUCAUCAAGGAACAGAUGCACAUGAAGAUGACCUACAUAUAAAUGACCCAGAAAGGGAAUAUUUGGAAAGGCCUUCUAGAGAUCAUCUCUAUCUUCCACUUGAGCCAUCCUACCGGGAAUCUUCCCUUAGUCCUAGUCCUGCCAGCAGCAUUUCUUCUAGGAGCUGGUUCUCAGAUGCAUCUUCUUGUGAAUCUCUCUCACACAUUUAUGAUGAUGUGGACUCAGAGUUGAAUGAAGCUGCUGCUCGAUUUACUCUUGGCUCACCUCUGACUUCUCCAGGUGGCUCUCCAGGAGGCUGCCCUGGAGAAGACUCCUGGCAUCAGCAGUAUGGACCUGGACACUCCUUGUCACCUAGGCAAUCUCCUUGCCACUCUCCUAGAUCCAGUAUCACUGAUGAGAAUUGGCUGAGCCCUAGACCAGCCUCAGGACCUUCAUCAAGGCCCACUUCUCCCUGUGGUAAACGACGGCACUCCAGUGCUGAAGUAUGCUACGCUGGUUCCCUUUCACCUCAUCACUCACCUGUUCCUUCCCCUGGUCACUCCCCUAGAGGAAGUGUAACAGAAGAUACCUGGCUUACUGCUUCUGUCCAUACUGGGUCAGGCCUUGGCUCUGCACCGUUUCCUUUUCAGUACUCUGUGGAGACUGAUAUCCCUUUGAAAACAAGGAAGACUUCUGAAGAUCAAGCUGCCAUACUACCAGGAAAAUUAGAGAUCUGUUCAGAUGAUCCAGGGAGCUUAUCACCAUCCCGGGAGACUUCAGUAGAUGAUGGCCUUGGAUCUCAGUAUCCUUUAAAGAAAGAUUCAUCUGGUGACCAAUUUCUUUCAGUUCCUUCUCCCUUUACCUGGAGCAAACCAAAGCCUGGCCACACCCCUAUAUUUCGCACAUCUUCAUUACCUCCAUUAGACUGGCCUUUACCAACUCACUUUGGACAAUGUGAAUUGAAAAUAGAAGUGCAACCUAAAACUCAUCAUCGAGCCCAUUAUGAAACUGAAGGUAGCCGAGGGGCAGUGAAAGCCUCUACUGGUGGCCAUCCUGUUGUGAAGCUCCUGGGCUAUAGUGAAAAGCCAAUAAAUCUGCAGAUGUUUAUUGGAACAGCUGAUGAUCGGUAUUUACGACCUCAUGCAUUUUACCAGGUGCAUCGAAUUACUGGAAAGACAGUUGCAACUGCAAGUCAAGAGAUAAUAAUUGCCAGCACAAAAGUUCUGGAAAUUCCACUUCUACCUGAAAAUAAUAUGUCAGCCAGUAUUGACUGUGCAGGUAUUUUGAAACUCCGCAAUUCAGAUAUAGAACUUCGAAAAGGAGAAACUGAUAUUGGCAGAAAGAAUACUAGAGUACGACUUGUAUUUCGUGUGCACAUCCCACAGCCCAGCGGAAAAGUCCUUUCUCUACAGAUAGCAUCUAUUCCUGUUGAGUGCUCUCAGCGAUCUGCUCAAGAGCUCCCUCAUAUUGAGAAGUACAGUAUCAACAGUUGCUCUGUCAAUGGAGGCCAGGAAAUGAUUGUGACAGGAUCUAAUUUUCUUCCAGAAUCUAAAAUAAUUUUCCUUGAAAAAGGACAAGAUGGAAGACCUCAUUGGGAGGCUGAAGGGAAAAUAAUCAGAGAAAAAUGUCAAGGGGCUCACAUUGUCCUUGAAGUACCUCCCUAUCAUAACCCAGCAGUUACAGCUGCAGUGCAGGUGCACUUUUAUCUUUGCAAUGGCAAGAGGAAAAAAAGCCAGUCUCAACGUUUUACUUACACACCAGUUUUGAUGAAGCAAGAACAAAGAGAAGAUACUGAUUUGUCUUCAGUUCCAUCCUUACCUGUGCCUCAUUCUGCCCAGACCCAGAGGCCUUCCUCAGAUACAGGGCACCCACAUGACAGUGUAUUGCCAGCACCGAGAAGCUUGAUUUGUCCAAUCCAGCCAACAUAUGCAUCUAUGAUAACCUCAUCCCAUUUGCCACAGUUGCAGUGUAGGGAUGAGGAUGCUGGUAAAGAACAGCAUAUAAUACCAUCUUCUGUCAUGCACCAGCCUUUUCAUGUUACGUCAACGUCUCCUAUGGGGUCUUCCUAUCAGUCUAUACAUACUAAUGUGUAUAAUGGACCAACUUGUCUUCCCAUGAAUCCUGCCUCUAGUCAAGAAUUUGAUCCAGUUUUGUUUCAGCAGGAUGCAGCUCUUUCUACUUUAGUAAAUCUUGGCUGUCAACCACUGUCACCAAUACCAUUUCAUUCUUCAAAGUCAGAUGCAACAGGACAUCUCUUAGCACAUUCAGCUCAUUCUGUGCAAACCCCACCUCAUCUGCAGUCAGUGGGAUACCAUUGUUCAAACACAGGACAAAGAUCUCUUUCUUCUCCAGUGGCAGACCAGGUCACAGGUCAGCCUUCUUCUCAUUUACAGCCUCUUACAUACUGUUCUUCACAUCCAGGAUCUGCUACAGCAGCUUCCCCAACAGCCUCUCAUCCCCUGGCUAGUUCACCGCUUUCUGGGCCAUCAUCCCCUCAGCUGCAGUCUAUGCCUUAUCAAUCUCCUAGCUCAGGAACUGCCUCAUCACCAUCUCCAGAUAGCAGAGUGCAUUCUGGACAACACUCUACUCAAGCACAAAGUACAGGCCAAGGAGGUCUUUCUGCACCUUCAUCCUUAGUAUGUCACAGUUUAUGUGACCCAGCAUCAUUUCCACCUGGUGGUGCAGCUGUGAGCAUUAAGCCUGAACCUGAAGAUCAGGAACCUAACUUUGCAACCAUUGGUCUACAGGAUAUCACUUUAGAUGAUGUGAACGAGAUAAUUGGGAGAGACAUGUCCCAGAUUUCUGUUUCCCAAGGCCCAGAGGUGAGCAGAGACGCUCUUCUCCCAGGUCCCGAGUCCCCAGGUGUCAGAAGAUCUGAUGGGCUCUAACAGUGCUCACUGAAGCUUUGUACCCACUACCAACUGCUCAGCCGGCUUCUCUCUUGGACCUUGGGUUUCCAGCCAGACUUCAGAACCUGUUGUAGGAGUUGGACUCACUGUUGGAAAAGCAUUCCUCCACCUCAAGCCUUGGGCAGAUUUUGUAAAAGAACAGAGCAGCAUAGGCUGUUUGAGCUGUGUGAAAACAAGUUUCGCUUUUUUAUAUUUAAAUAGGAUACUUUUAUAUGAUGGGUGCUUGAGUGUGAAUGCAGCAGGCUCUCUAUUUCAGAGGUGCUGCUCUUGCAGGUGACCUGGUUGCAUAGCUAGGAUUAGUAAUUUGUACUGCUUUCUGGUCAUUUGAAGAGCCCUUUAGUUUUGAUAUUUUUAAAAUAGAAUUUUUGAUAAAACCUUCCAGAGGCAGAUAAGAAAAAAUAUUCUAAGCCCACACUUACACCUCAAAACUUAGCAUGCAUCCUGAAGCCUUUCAUAGAGACAUAGGAAAUAAAGCCAAAUGUAGAUCACACUCUUUAUAAAAAGAAAAAUGUCAGGUAUAUCGAGAAGAGACCAUUCCAUCAUUGAAGUGUUGGAUAUGAAUACAUUCCAGAGCAUAGCCUUUUGUAACUUUAGAUCACCAUCAAGCAGUCUCUCCACUAGCUCAAUGUUCAAGCUGUUUUUUUUUCCUCAGGAUCUUGGAUAAAACCGUCAUUUGUAAGGUGAAUUUCAAAGGUAGGGUUUUAGCUUAGGUAGUUAUUUUCUACCUAAUAAAUAGAAGUGGGAGCUUCUGCCGUUAAUCUGUAGUGUUUGAAGCCAGUCUCCUGAUAGUUUAGGCAUUGCGGUUUUAACUCUUGAGGCCAGGCCAUCAGUGCCAGAAACCAAGUACGAAUGAGCUGUAUAAUAGAGGAGGCAGAGAAAAUGCAGGAGUCCAGAGGUGAAGACUUUAAGAUUCACAAUGACAUUGAAGGCUUAUCUCCUGUUUACAGCCUGCAAGGAUUCUUUACCUGACUAUAUGAUCCAAAAACCAGCCUUUCCGCCAAAAGGCUUUGAGAGACAUCCAAAAAUGAGAUGGUCAUAGACCUAUCCUUCCACACCAAAGACACCCUGGUGCUGCUGCUAGGGAGGCUUGUGUCCAAGGGAAGGCCCAGUAGGAAUUCCAGCCUGCUGUCUACCAAAGGAGGUGCCCUAGUUGGGUACUAUUCCCAAACCCUGCCUUUGUUCUUCCCUGUUAAAGUCCCUGAAUUUUACAGUAUGUUUAAAUGAUAUAAUGUACAUGUAUUCAUUCAGGAAGCAAAUUGAGUGCCUACAAGUGCUACUACUCUCGGGGUUGUGACCCUUGAUAGUAGGGCUAUCUUUACUAAGGCUACAUCAGGCCUAAGCAGGGGCUGGCGUGUUGCCCACCACCUCUAGUAAGCAGGGUAGGAGGUACUGAUUCAGGAUGAGGGAAGUAUGUAUUUAUUUUUAACACAAUGCUUUACAUUUCUUCCCUAAAGCUAGUUAGAAAACAGUUUAUCAGCAAAUCGCUCUGGCCACUCCUGGAGCUGGAUAUUUUCCAAGUUUCCCUCAAAGUAAGUUUUGUAUCAGUGGGUGUAGACAGUGAGAUUUGCUUUAGGGCCCAUGUUGGUAGCCCACAGCUUCCUCUAAAGGGCAUUGGCCUCUCAGGUGAACUUGCAGAGACUUGGCCAAAUUUGCUUCCACCCUCUUUCCCCUGGGGCAGUUCUCAUAUGGGGUCAUUGCAAGACCCCUUGGGGGUGCUGCUUUGCCGCCUUCAAGAAUAAAAAGCCUCUAUGAUCCAGAGUUGCUAUGCACCACAUUUUGAUGCCUUUUAAAUACCUUGAUGCCUGUAGCAUUAGAAAUGCUUUCCUAUUUAAAAUGGGUUAGGUUUUAAAAUAGAGCUUUGUAUUCUAUGUAAUGGUUUUGUAUUAGCUUUGUAUAAGCUUUCAUGUAAGAGUAAUAUUUUUGGGCUUUGUAGAUAAAGACAAAUUUUUGUGCAAAAUAGUGGUGGUAAAGCACACAUCCAUUGGACUAUGCAAAUUGACUUCUAGUAGCAGCACUGAGCAACUGGGCAUUGGCUAGCACACCAACUUUCCUCUCACCUGUACGAGACCUUGGCUUGAGGAAUGGAGGAGCAGCCUUCUGUUUAUUAGAGAUGCAGAGACAUGGCUGAAAACAUUACAAAGAGAUGUUUGGGUUCACAUAUGGUGCUGCUGCCUUGGGUACAACCCACCCCACCACCCAGGGCCAGCAGUAUCACCAGACUGGUGCUGGGCCUCGCUGAGAAGCCCAGUUUCUAAUAUGCAGAACACAGAGUCACUUUACAGGCUCAGAUGGGCACAAGUUGAAACCCUGUGUUUUAUAGAAUGGAUGUUUGGGUGAAGAAAUUGGUUCUCAGUUAUGUUUACAGCACUAGGGAUUGUGUUUUCUUGUAUAUUUUGUAUUUUAAAACCUUUUCUAGGAGUGCAGUGCUCCUUACACAAAUACAAAGGGAAGACGAGCCAGCAGUUCAGGCUCCUCCUCAGUUACAGUGCUGAAAUAAUAAACAGUGAACAGUC